GUUAGUUUUUUCUAUGCGUUUAAAUUUGGAUUAGCGACAACUUCUAGCUAAAAACUUUCUAAACCUGACAGUUUUAAAAUUAAUUUGCAAUGAAGCAAGUCACGCCAAUUGUUCACGUUACACAAUAAUAACGGAUUUUUCAUGCACAUGUUAGAUUAAUGAGUGUGUAAAGUUUUGAAGUUCACAGAAUAUUUAGAUAACAAAAAGAGCACAAAAUGCAUGCAAAAUCGAAAUUGCCGAUUUUUAAUAAACGCUAUCGCAGGCAAAUUCUCGCCACCCUAACAGAGCAUUUUAUGACCUUUGCUCAUGCGGCAGGUCUAGGUUGGCUCUCACCUACAUUGAAUAUUCUCCAAUCUCCUGCUUCGCCUCUGGAUUUUUCAAUCACUACUGAGGACGCUUCCUGGAUUGGUUCUACUUUUGGGUUGGGUUUCAUAGCAGGAAAUGUGUUCUUUGGGCUCACACUGGAUCGAUUCGGUCGCAAGCUGAACAUAUAUAUUUUGGCGUUCCCGCAUAUGAUUUUUUGGAUACUCAAUUACCUGGCGCAAAGUGUCGAAUAUUUGUAUGUGGGUCGUUUUUGCGCUUUUAAUAGAGCUACGCUUUUCAAUUUCUUCACCGCCGCCAUUUUGUGCUUACUCAAUCAGCUGUCUGGCAGUUUUGCCAUUAUCAAUUACAUGGCGAAUGUAUUUGCCGCAUCCGGUUCAACCAUCGACCCAAAUAUUAGCGCCAUCGUGAUGGGAUUCGUACAAAUACUGGGCUCGCUAUCGGCCAUGAUGUUGGUCGAACGUUUCGGACGUCGACCUUUGCUUUUGUCAUCGGCUGUCGGCAUGAUGGCUGGUAUGUAUGGUUUUGGUGCAUUCGUGCAAUUUACCGACGACGAAACGAAAGCCGCCUAUAACUGGGUGCCAAUCGUGUUCAUGACGCUAGUGGUAUUUACGGCUUCUUACGGAGUUUUUGGUAUAUUCUUCACUAUUGUCGUAGAGAUGCAUCCGGCGAAGAUCCGGGUGCAGGCUUUAUCGAUUUGUAUGCUAUUUAACAGCGUAUUGGUGUUUAUAACAUUGAAGCUGUAUCCAUUUUUCUUAUUUAAUUUGGGUAUUACCGUUACAAUGUAUUCAUGUGCAAGUGUUUGUGUGGCUGCUGGUACUUAUCUGUAUAUUUUUCUGCCGGACGGCAAAUCAAUGGAGAAGGAUUAGAAACUUUGAUUGUGUGAUUAGCUAAUUUAUAGUUGUACAACUUUUUAACUGUUAUUUACGUUUAUGUUAAUGUUUCUUAAAUUUAAAUUAAGAAUUCAAUUUUUCUUUUUGUAAAUUGUAUAUUUCGGAAAUUUGACAUACCAGCAUAUUGAAAAAAAACCCGUUGGGAAGCAUCUAAAAUUUGAAGAGAAAAAACGAAGAAAUUUGGUGAGUUUUGUUUAAAUUAAAGUUUUCAAAAUGUAAAAAACCAUCCAAUA